AACUCACCGGCGAGAUGGGAAGAGACCGCGACGAUUCUCCGCCGGAGAGCGCGAAAGGCGACGUCGAGGAUAGAGACUACAGAAGAAAAUCAUCCCUGGAGAAAUCCAGCCGUAUCGAAAAGAAGUCCAACGGAGAAGAAGAAGAAGAUGUGAGUCGCCGUGAAUCUAAGAGGAGAUCAAAAGAUAGAAGAGACUCUGAUUCAGGUUCGGGAUUGGAGAGUGGUAGCGACUCCGAAUCGGAGAAGGAAGAGAGACGCAGAAGUCGAAAGUCGAGAGGGAAGAGGAAAUCAGAUCGGAGAUCUCGGAGUAGACGAAGCAGGAGACGCCACGAUGAUUCCAGUAGUAGCGAAUCGGAAUCUGAGUAUUCGGAUUCUGAGGAGAGUGAGAGUGAGAGUGAGAGUGAGAGUGAGGAUGAGCGGAGGAGAAGGAAGAGGAAGAGAAGGGAGAGGGAGGAGAGAGAGAGGAAGAAAAGGAGGAGAGAGAAAGAGAAGAAGAAGAGAAGGAAGGAGAAAGGUGUUGAUGGAGAUAGCAAGAAGAAGAAGAAGCGAAAGAAAGAGAAGAAGUCUGAGAAAGCGAAGAAAGGAGCGGUCACUGAAUCUUGGGGAAAGUAUGGAGUCAUCAGAGAGACUGAUAUGUGGAAUAAACGACCAGAGUUCACAGCAUGGCUUCUUGAAGUAAAAGAGGUCAACUUGGAAAGCUUGCCACCAUGGGAAGAGAAGAAAAUGUUUAAAGAUUUCAUGGAAGAUCACAAUACUGGUACAUUUACCUCCAAGAAAUACUAUGACAUUGAUGGUUACUAUAGACGUAAGUUGGAGAAAGAGAUGAAGAAGGGUUUGAAGAAAGCUGGGCAGGGUGAACGGACUGUGUUCAAUGACGAGGAGCAACGCCGGCUAGAGAUGCAGGAAGCACGCGAGAAGCAGAAGGAAGAAGAAGUGCUAGCUCUAAAGCGAUCAAUGGAAGGCGGAAUGGCUCAAGCUAUGAAGGAACAAGCUCGACUAAAGGAAGAAAUGGUCUACUUAUACAAGAUUGGGGACAUGGAGGCCGCCGCUGCUAUUCAGAGAAGGUUGGAUCCAGAUGUUCCCAUGUAAUGUGGAGGUUUUUGUGUAAGCUGCUACAAUAUCUUCUAGUUCUUGUUCUUGUUCCUAGACUGUGCUCUAAGUAAACAAAAUAAAAUUCAUCUGAUCCCUAAAGCAUGAUAUUAUUGAUACUGUUUUUUGUUUUUUGUUUUUUUUUGUUUUUAUAUUAUUAUUCACCGAAG